UCUGUCCGACGGGCAACGAAGCAUGAACUCGUCGAUGUGAAGAAUCGCUCGUUGUUUCUUCUUCUUUCGUUAGAUGGAUGUUUGCUGAGUGAAGCUAAUUGAACAUGAAGGUUAAAGUAGCGUCGUGGAUCUCUGCUGUGAUGUUAGUGACGGCUGCAGCAGCAGCAGAGAUGGUGACUCUACCAGGAGGACAGAUGUUGAUGGGAACCACAGCAGCUGAUGGGAGGGAUGGAGAAUCCAACACCAAGGAGGUCGAGCUCAAACCUUUUCAAAUGGACCAGUUUCCUGUCACCAACUCUGACUUCAGAGACUUUGUCCGAGCACAGAAGUACAGAACCGAGGCCGAGACGUUCGGCUGGAGCUUCGUGUUUCAAGACUUUGUGACUGAGGAGCUGAAGAGUAAAGUCACACAGAAAAUUGAGUCUGCCCCCUGGUGGAUGCCUGUCGAGCGGGUGUUCUGGAGACAGCCUGCAGGACCCGGGUCGGGUAUUCGGGAGCGCCUGGACUUCCCGGUGGUUCAGGUGAGCUGGAACGAUGCUCAGGCCUUCUGCCGCUGGAAGGAUAAGAGACUGCCAACGGAGGAGGAGUGGGAGUGGGCUGCUCGUGGGGGGCUGCAAGGUCGAACUUAUCCGUGGGGAAACAAGUUCCAGGCCAACAGAACCAACCUGUGGCAGGGAUCCUUUCCAGAUGGAGACACUGCGGAGGAUGGAUAUCACGGCAUUUCACCGGUCACUGCAUUUCCUCCUCAGAACAGCUAUGGACUUUAUGACAUGAUGGGAAACGCGUGGGAAUGGACAUCAACACCUUUUCCCGGAACGAGUCCGACGUUUGUGCUGCGCGGUGCGUCCUGGAUCGACACGGUGGACGGCUCAGCCAAUCACAAGGCUCGAAUCACAACCAGGAUGGGCAACACUCCUGACUCGGCCUCUGAUAACCUGGGAUUCAGGUGUGCUGCCGACCACGCACAGGAACAAGGGAAGAAACAAGACAAAGCCGAGCUGUAGGAGCAGGAAUUCAAAUUCUGAUUUAUGGAUCUAAUGACUUUCAAGCUGAGAAACAGCAACAAAAGGUGACAGGACCAAUAAACACUUCAGACAUUUUCCAACAUGAACUUGCUCAUUGUGAGUUUUCCUGCUGUAAUCUCACUUGGACUCACUGUGAUAUUUGCUGGAUAUUUUACAAGGGGUCUGGCAGGAAAAAUAUCCUUUAUCAUUUACUAUAGUGUGAUAAUAAACUGUAUUUCUCCCGUGGAGAACAUCGAUUUUUUUGAAUACAAACACACUGAUGCAUAAUAUCAAGCAAUAAAUAAUUUUCCAAAAA